UGACGGUCCUUUAGAGGAGCCUAAAGCGAGAGCCGCGGUGGUGGCUCGCCCCGGCCUGCGCUAUGGAGGACGGCCAGAACAAUAAGGUGAACCCGGCGCAUGUCCUGUUUGAUCGCUUUGUCCAGGCCAGCACCUGCAAGGGGACGUUAAAGAGUUUUCAGGAACUAUGCGACCACCUGGAGCUGAAACCACGGGACUACCGCUCCUUCUACCCCAAACUCAAAUCCAAACUGAACUACUGGAAGGCCAAAGCCCUGUGGUCGAAACUGGACAAGCGGGGGUCCCACAAGGAUUAUAAGAAGGGCAAAGCCUGCAGCAACACCAAGUGUCUGAUUAUCGGCGCAGGGCCAUGCGGUCUGCGUACUGCGAUCGAGCUCUGCUUCCUCGGGGCCAAGGUGGUGGUCAUAGAGAAGAGGGAUGCUUUUUCAAGGAACAACGUCCUUCAUUUGUGGCCCUUCACCAUCCAUGACCUACGGAGCCUGGGGGCCAAGAAAUUCCACGGCAAGUUCUGCGCCGGGGCCAUUGAUCACAUAAGUAUUCGCCAGCUGCAGCUUAUACUCCUGAAAGUGUCGCUCAUCCUGGGAAUUGAGAUUCACGUCAAUGUUGAGUUCCAGGGCUUGGUCGAACCACCGGAAGAUCAAGAAAAUGAACGUACGGGCUGGCGGGCCACAGUCUUUCCUAAAGGUCACCCAGUGUCGGAGUUUGAUUUUGAUGUCAUCAUUGGUGCAGAUGGCAGGAGGAACACUUUGGCAGGUUUCCGCAGGAAGGAGUUUCGUGGGAAGCUGGCUAUCGCCAUAACGGCUAAUUUUAUUAACCGAAACACAACAGCGGAGGCGAAGGUGGAGGAAAUUAGCGGAGUGGCCUUCAUCUUCAAUCAGAAGUUCUUUCAGGAUUUGCGGGAGGCCACGGGUAUUGAUCUGGAGAACAUUGUCUAUUAUAAGGAUGACACGCACUACUUUGUCAUGACGGCUAAGAAGCAGAGCCUGCUGGAGAAAGGGGUCAUCUUACAGGAUUAUGCAGACACGGAGAUGCUGCUUUCACGUGCCAACGUGGACCAGGAGGCACUGCUGAACUACGCCACGGAGGCUGCACGCUUCUCCACCAAUCAGCAGUUGCCCAACAUGGACUUUGCAAUCAAUCAUUAUGGGCAGCCAGAUGUAGCCAUGUUCGAUUUCACCUGCAUGUACGCCUCUGAGAAUGCUGCGCUGGUGCGGGAGAGGUACACUCACCGUCUACUUGUGGCGCUGGUUGGCGACAGCCUUCUAGAGCCUUUUUGGCCAAUGGGAACAGGCAUAGCGCGAGGAUUCCUGGCUGCCAUGGACUCGGCCUGGAUGGUACGCAGCUGGGCACAUGGAGCCAGUCCGCUGGAAGUGCUGGCCGAGAGGGAGAGUAUUUACCGGCUGCUUCCUCAGACCACACCAGAGAAUGUCAGCAAAAACUUCAGCCUGUACAGCGUAGACCCAACCACUCGGUAUCCCAAUGUCAACCUUCAGUUCCUGCGACCCAGCCAGGUACGACACUUGUACAACACGACAGAAUUAAAGGACCUCAACCUGGAGAUCAGCAAUUUUGUCAACGCACAAAGAACACCAAAACUUGGCAGAAAUGAGUCAGUGGCUCGCUCCAGUAAAUUGUUGGGAUGGUGUCAGAAGCAGACUGAAGGAUAUGCCGGAGUCAAUGUUACCGACUUAACAAUGUCCUGGAAAAGUGGCCUUGCGCUCUGUGCCAUUAUCCACCGCUACCGCCCAGAGCUCAUAGAUUUUGACACUCUGGACGAGCGCGACGUGGAGAAGAAUAACCAGCUGGCGCUCGAUAUCGCAGAGCGGGAGCUAGGUAUCUCUCCGAUUAUGACCGGGAAGGAGAUGGCGUCUGUCGGGGAGCCGGACAAGCUUUCCAUGGUGGUUUAUCUCAGCCAGUUCUAUGAAAUGUUUAAGGAGACCCCUGUAAACAAUGCCGAUCCAAACGCAGACGAGAAGGCUGCUCUCCUUGCUACCGCCAAAUCACCAAUCUCCUUCCUCAGCAAGCUGGGUCAGACCAUCUCUCGGAAACGCACCCCUAAGGACAAGAAGGAAAAGGAGGUGGACAGCUCGGGAAAGAGGCGGAAGACGAGCCAAUCAGAAGAUGAGGAAGGUCCACGGACUCUGCGAGAGGAGCACCCUUCCCAGCAGAGUUCUGGAACAGACAGGAAAUUGGAUGCCGCGGCCAACAACCAGAACAGGGUGAAGUCAAUGGCGACGCAGCUGCUGGCUAAAUUCGAAGAGAACGCUCCAGCACCCAACACGGGCCUGCGGAAGCAGAAACCCUUAUUGCCUUAUCAGCAGCGCUUACUAGAAGAAGCUGCCCUCAGACAUACAGAGCCACAGUGGAAACAGCCCAGGAUUAAUGAUCUUCCCCGGACUUGCCCCAAAAAAGUCAUCAGUCUGUAUUCCCGGCCAAGCCCCGUCCCACACCCUUUGACGCAGAGUAGCCCGGUGCCACCUGGCGACCGUGGAGAGACGUGUCCUAGCCCGGAAAGGUUCGAUGUUGACCCUGCCGUUCACUCUCCAGUCGACCAAUGGCAGCACUCCAUCUCCCUGUGCUCCACUGAACGCCCCGCCUCCCCCUCUUACGAUGAAAUCCGACAGAAGUACAUAAAGAUAUAUACAGGCGGUGUGAGCUCAUUGGCUGAACAGAUAGCCAAUCAGCUGCAAAAGAAGGAGACCCCCAAGCCUCUGUUUGGGAAGAAAGUGGCUUCUUUCAGGAAGGAGUUUCCACAGAACAUCGGCGGGAGUGAUGUCUGCUACUUCUGCCACCGCCGAGUGUAUGUGAUGGAGCGCCUGAGUGCCGAAGGCAAAUUCUUUCACCGCAGCUGCUUCAAAUGUGACUACUGCAACACCACCUUGCGCCUGUCUGCCUACGCCUAUGACCUGGAGGACGGGAAAUUUUACUGCAAACCGCACUACUGCUACCGGCGCUCUGGGUACAGCCAGCGGAAGAGAGCAGCGGAACCCGCACUUACAAACAAGGAAAUAAAAGGAACUGCAAAAGACACCCCGGAUGCUGAAGAGCCUGGACGAGGCGCUGUCUCCCCCGUGUCCUCUCUGGAGAAGACCCCAGGUCCGAGCCUGAACGGCGUUGAAGAUCACAGUCUGGCCAAGAGGCUCCGAGCCACUCCGGAGCGUAUUGAGCUGGAGAAUUAUCGGGUGUCCAUGCAGAAGGAGGACCUGGAGGAGGUCCCAGAGGAGACCCUGGCAGAGCACAAUCUGAGCAGCCUGCUGGAUAAGGAUAGAGAGGACGAGGAGGAAGCCGCCAGCAGCAGCUCCGAGUCUGAGAUGGAGGAAGAUGAAGAACACCAGCCCCCCUCCGACCUUGGGGGAGUACCAUGGAAGGAGGCGGUGAAGAUUCAUGCCAAGCUGAAGGGGAAGAAUGUGGGGGAGGUGGAGGCAGAGGGAGCGCUGGAGGCCGGAGAUAGCGAAGAAGAGGAGGAGGAUGAGGAGUCUGAGGAAGAGGAGGAGGAGCCAUCCAGUGAAGAGGGCGACUAUUGCCCCUGGGAGAGGGAGCUCCAGCAUGGUCUCUGGCUCCACCGUAUAACUGAUGAAGACACAGUUGGUACUUUUAAAGCCGGGAACAUCAAAUUGCAGCAGACCCUGUCCCCAGUGGACCCUAUGGAGAUCAAGGCCGAUGUCCAUUGGACUCACGUCCACAAGGUUAACAAAGAGCAGGAAGGGGAAGAAGUAGGCAUGUCCUCUCAGUCCAAAGCGCUCAAGCUUCUGUCCCACCGUCAUGACCCUGUUAGAACGUGGCUGGAGUCUGUGUCCGGAGGUAGAUGGGAUGACGCGGAGGCCGAUGUUCUUGGGUCAGGUCUUGCCGAGGCUGAAGCGGGAGGUGACGGGGACACUUCUGCUGAUCUUGGUGAUCUUGAUGAUGACAUCCCAUCAGAUGCAGAAGCAGAGGAACGUCUGCAGCAAGCGGAGAGAUUGAAACUUAAGUUGGAUGAGGAUCUGGAGUUGGAAGUGGUGGCACUGGCUCAGCAGGGUAGAGCUUCUCUUAAUCUUAUUCUUGAGUCUGAAAGACCUCCCAGUCCAGUUGCAGUGACCCCACAGGCAGCAGUAUUGUCUCCAAUCAGGAGCCCUAAAGAAGAUGCUGGGAAGGCCUCAUUGAGGUCUCCUCUGCAGGACCUGACCUCUCCAGAAGUCCGUUUCUUCCCUGAACCAUUCUUGCCACAGACGGGAAAAAAAGUGAUGUAUCCUUCAGAACAGAAACCUCAGACCUCUCUCUCACCUGUGUGUUCCCAACCAGUUGCAAUGCAAGAACCCGUUAUCCCUACUUCUCCCAUGAAAUCUCCUUCACUGCAAUCCCUUGGGCGUCCCUUAAGGACCCCAACCUUGCCCAUCUGCUCCCAGCCUCUUCCUUCCACAGAGCCAGCCGUUCCCACCUCAACCACGUCCCCCGUAUGCCUGCAGCCCUCCCCAGUUAUUACUUCCACUCCUCUGGCCAAACUGCCUUAUUCUGGGGAUGAACUGACCAGCCCCAAUGCAGAGGAGGCAAUGAAACGCAUUGAUUUAAUAGAAGAGUUCUGGAUGAAGAGCGCUGAGAUUCGUCGUAGCCUUGGGUUAGCACCUGUUGACCGGAGUCAAACCCCUGAAAUGAGCUUUCCAGCCAUUGACACCUCUGCUGCACGGACACAACUAUCUAAGUCCACCCCCAAAGAGCUGAAAUCUCCAUCCCCAAAACCUCAAAAGGUACACAAGAAGAUGAAUCCAAACAGAUUGGACUUUGAGCUUCUCUCACCGCUUACUCCCAUAUCACCAUCUGAGAAGGAGCUUAAGAGCUCGGAAGGGGAGAAAAAGGACCUUUCAACCAGCUCUGGUCUAGGUUUGAAUGGUAGCCAUUCUAAUACCCGGACAGUGGCCAGUGAGAGCUUUAAUACAUCAGAUUCUGCUAUGCUUACUCCACCUUCCAGCCCUCCUCCUCCUCCACCCCAAGGAGAAGAGCCUGCUACACUUCGCCGUAGUCUGGCUUCCUGGCAGAAUGGACCAGAAGCUGCCCAAACACCCCUUGAAGCACAAGUUAAACGUCCCGAGGUCUCCAAGCCCACUCAAAGGUUGGAAGAAGCUCGAAAGUCCUUUGUAGAGAGUGUGGAUGAAAUUCCUUUUGCAGAUGAUGUAGAAGACACAUAUGAUGAAAGGACUGAGAACUCUAGCCUCCAAGAAAGGUUCUAUACUCCACCAACCAGCCAGAGAAAGCCCCCAAACCUGGCACUUACAAAGGAGAAUGGAGAAUUGCCAACUUCCUUAGAAAGAGGGCACCAUAGAAAGAAAGGCCUUCCGCAAGUGACUCCAGAAGUUAAAGAACUGGCUGAGGAGCGGAUGAGAGCACGAGAAAAGUCUGUAAAAAAUCAGGCUUUAAGGGACGCUAUGGCACAACAACUAAUGAAAAUGAAGCAUAUGGAAACUGUUCCAUCUACAAGGACAUCCAGAGCCCUUGGCUCAUCUUCCACCAAACUCGCCACAGAUCUUCCAACAGAGUCCAGCCGAGCAGGGACUCAUCCUGAGGCAUCCACCCUGAGACUAGAAAACUCUGCGGAAGUUUUUUUGUCUCCACCUGUUGGCUCCAUCACAUCUUCAGAGGGCUCUGGUGGCAAACCCAAAAAGAGGCCUUCACUGUUUUCCCCAAGAAAGAAGGAGAAAAAACCAAAGGGGGAGGCAAAUCGUUUGUCUGAUAAACCAGACGAAGUUACCAAACCCAAAUCACUGUGGAAAUCAGUGUUCUCCGGGUACAAGAAAGAGAAGAAGAAGAAAACUGCUGAUGAUAAGUCUACACCAAGCACACCAUCCAGCAGCACCACCGUGGACUCAGGGAAGGUCAAAGUGCCCAGUGUGCUUCGUGGAGCAGAAUUGCCUCUUCGGCGGCACCUUAGCUUCUCCGAAGACUCAGACCUGUCGAGUGAUGAUGUCUUAGAGAAGUCCUCACAGAAAUCAAAGCGAGAGUCGGUCUAUGUCCCCCAUGCCUUGGCAUUCAGACGGUCAUACUCAUCCAAGAAAACAUACACGGAUGAAGAGCUGAAUGCAAAGCUGACCAAGAGAGUGCAGAAAGCCGCACGGAGACAAGCCAAGCAGGAGGAGCUGAAGAGGCUGCACAGGGCACAGAUAAUCCAGCGGCAAUUAGAGCAGGUGGAGGAGAAACAGAGACAGCUGGAGGAGAGGGGAGUAGCAGUGGAGAAGGCUCUCCGCGGGGAAGCAGACUAUUGGGGAGAGUCUUAUUACAGUGACCUCAUCGAUUUGCACCUGGGUGUUGAUCCCAUUGUGGGGACUCCACGGCGUAGACCUAUCUCCUUCUGUCCUUGCUGUGCCCACGAAGGGAUGGGCAAGAAGGAUGACCCCAAACUGAUGCAGGAGUGGUUCCGCCUGGUGCAGGAGAAGAAUGCGCUGGUCCGAUACGAAUCUGAGCUGAUGAUAUUCGCCCGUGAGCUGGAACUGGAGGACAGACAGAGCCGGCUACAGCAGGAGCUGCGAGAGCGAAUGGCUGUGGAGGACCAUCUGAAGACAGAGCAGGAGUUAGCGGACGAGAAGAAGAUCCUGAACGAGAUGCUGGACGUUGUGGAGCAGCGAGACGCAUUAGUAGCGCUGCUGGAGGAGCAGCGUCUGCGAGAGAAGGAGGAGGACAAAGAUCUGGAAGAAGUCAUGUUAUCUAAAGGUUAUAACCUGAACUGGUCCUGAGGUCUCUCCUGCUUGUCCCCUAACCACGGAGGGGGGGGGUCAUUCGUCUUAUAUGCGAGAGUGGAUGGAGAAUCUCCAGAGGAGGCGGGCACCGCUCAACGGAGCUGUUACAUGAACCCACCGACCCUUGCACGGUUCUUCCAGCGCCCGCCACGACAGAGCGACGUUUAAAAGGGCGACGGCCUUUGUUACAGACAGGACGUUUCAUUUCCAGUGCGACACUGAAAAGUCUCUAUUCAGGUUUACAUUAUGCUGCCAUUUCUGUGGUGCCGUGCAUGACCACUUGUGUGACCCUUCCCAUCGACUCAAAAAGUGUAUUUGUUCCUUUUUUUUUGUCCUGCGCCGCGGACGAUAACGCAAGUGACGUUCACUUGCACUUGAAACAUUUGGCCACUAGGUGGCUCCUCCUUUACGUUUUUUCUGGUUUAGUCUUUCUGGCUAUGGAUUUUAACGGAACGUGCGUUUCUCAAUGUUUGAGUUUAUUUUCAAUGGAAGGACAUGUGGCGUUAAGAAGUUUCGUGUUUGUAUUAUUCGCCCAAGGAUUGCUUAGUUGGCCUUGAUAGUAAGAAGAGGGGGGAGAUAUCUGCAUGAU